AUGUCAAAUUUGCGGUCUACAGAGACAUCACUGGGAGGUAAUGGCUCGCCCUUACCUCCGGGUUGGGUUGCAAACUGGAGCCCAGAGCACAAUGCAUGGUACUAUGUAUUUCCUGCUACUGGCAUGACUCAAUGGGCACUUCCUACAUUCCCACCUAUCCAACGGCAAUACGAGGCUGUUCAAGGUCUAAAUACGCAUGCGACUACGGAUCCCCCAAAUAACACACAAAUGGGAGAGGUUACCCAGCCUCCUGAAGAGGGAGAUCGUGGUCUGGGAAAGGCUUCAUUGGCCUUGGGUGGAAGCUUUCUGGCCGGUUCUUUCCUCCGCAAUAAACUCGAGAACCAUCAAGAAAGCCCCGGCCAACAAGGCGGGCUGGGCAAAGUUGCUCAGUCUGUGGCAAUCGCCGGUGCUGGUGCCGUUGGAGCCAAGAUAAUAGGUCUUUUUGGAAACAAGCAACAGCAACAACCAGCAGUACAAACGGUGACACAUACGCAAACACAUUUCUACCCAUUCUAUGUACCUGGAUCCCAAGCAUCGCCACAACCGCCUCAAUAUAAUCAAUAUCCGCCAGGCGACUCCAAUUAUUCUCACACACCCACUGGAGUUUCGAGUUUUGCCUCACCACAUCAAACCGGAGACAUGCCAAUGUCCCUCCAAAGCCCAAGCACUAUAGUUGCAUCCCCGUCCCAGGGUGGACCACCACUGCACAUAUAUGGUGCUGUAUUCGCAGACGUGGAUGUCACGAACAUUGUUCGAAGCCUGGUGACUCGACAACAAACUCUGCAAAUCAAGGGAGAUACACUUGUUCAACAAUUUGGGGAUCCAUGGCCUGAGGUGGAACGGAAGAUGUUCAACGUGCUGUAUUCAUAUGGAGAUCGACCUAUGGAGCUUAUUGCCGCCGACACGACCACGUCUAAUAUCGAGAUCAAACACGAGGCCAUAUCCAAAAAGCGCAUGGAAUUCUACCAAGCACCACCCUCGAGAAUCAUUGCCGCGGUAUGGGGAUAUGGGAAUGCAUUAACAAGAGCUAGAAUAGAACAGUUGGAGAAGGAAGGUGAGUUGGACGGUACGGGUGACAGUCUUGGAGCAGGUGGCUUCUGGGCCUGGGAGCCAAAGACGUUCGAGAUGUUGGAAUCGCAUGUUGCAGAGAUGGAGGGACUAUUCGCCUCCCCUGGAAUCCACUUGCUAAGUGGUGUUAGCCACAUUAUAAUUUAA